GUGCUUGUUGGCACUUAACUCCGACCCAUCCCCCAGCCUUCUCUAUAGGGGCCCCGAACAGCAACUGCCUGAGAUAAGGGAGGGGCAAAGCGAAUUAGAGGGCGUGUGCUGAGUGAAUUUCUUUUUUUAUUGGAGACAGAGUACAGACGACAGAGUGCAGACUGCAGAGCCCACGGUGAGCCAGACAAACCAGAGAAACCCUCAGAGAAACAAAAGACCAUUCCAGAGAGGAAGGCAGAGAAGAGAUAGAAAUAAACUGUAUUAUUAACCAACCAACGAAAGCAAGAAAAUUCAAGGGAAAAACAACCACACGUUUUUUUCAACUUUUCCUGCAAGAGAGUGCUAACCUUUUUUCUUCUUCUUCUGAGAAAAAAGCCAGGAUCCAGGAGCAUGGACCCCAGCAAGUCUCCCAGUGCCCCUUCUGCCGAUUGGGGCACUGACAAAUCGGCCAUGUCUCAUACUUCUCCCCCGCCGUACCAGGAGUACCCUCAGUACCCUGCAGCCGGCUAUCCGCCCCCGGGGCAGCCCAUGGCGGGGGGCUAUGCCCCGGCGCCGCAGUUUGGAGGGGCUCCGUACCCGCCCCAGCCGGGGCAGCAGUACCCCCCGGGCCCCGGCCAGUACCCACAGGGGCCCCAGCCCAUGGUCACUGUCCAGCCCACGGUGUACGUGGCGCAGACCCCGCUGGUGCAUCCCAAGCCGGAUUACCUGGGCUACUCUAUCUUCACCAUGCUGUGCUGCUGCCUACCGCUGGGACUCGCCGCGCUCAUCUACUCCAUCAAAACUCGAGAUGCCAAUAACCAGGGCCUGCAGCAGAAGGCAGACGGCAGCUCCCGCACGGCACGCAACCUCAACCACGCCGCGCUGGGAAUCGGCAUCGCCAUCAUCAUCCUCUACAUCGUCUACACAGCCGUGAUUGCCAGCCGGCACUGAUCUCCCCAACGCCCCCAGCCGGCUGCGGCCACGCCCCUUUUUUUCUAUCACUCAAAGAGUCAUCUCAUACUGCUAUAUGUUUCCUUUUUAACCACCUUCUCUUUACGGAAGAAUGUAGUUCUGUAGGCCCCACUUUAAAAAAAGCUUAGUUUUUCAAUUAAGCAGAUUUGAAGCAGUUCUUCGUCGAUGAAGCAUAUUUUGUUGCCUGUAAGAGAUUGUUCAAACAUCUUAUUUUGCAAUAAAAUCCUUUGGUGGAUAAAAUCAUUUUAUAAUGUUUAUAACAAUUCAUUGAAGGGUAGUAUGUGUGACCAAGAUAGUAUAUCAUUAAAACCCAUUUUAUACCCAAGUAUAAAAAAAUAAAAAAUAAAAAGCCAGACCUGUUGACACAGCUUAGGUUAGAAAUCUCAGACAAGUAUUGGAGGGCUUUCUUCUUCUCCAAAAUAAAUAGGUUUAGAAUGCCUUAAGUACAUUUGCCAAGAAUUUUGAUACCACAGCUCAAUUUAAUAUUUACCCAAUUUUCUACAAGUGUUUCAGCUUCCCCAGGUUACCCAAAGAUUUUUUAAACCAUUUUACAUUUCCAUAAGUGCUUUUAAGAGAAUAUGUUUUCAGCUAUCUUCAUUUAACAAAUGAUCAAUAUGUAUAUUGUCUACAAUAAACUGCCUAAAAUGGAUGUCAGGAAAGGGUGAGUUCUCUGCAGUGUUGUGUUCUAUGUUGAGUAUUAAAUAGGAAUAUUUUGCAGAUGUUGCACCAUUCUCCAGCAUGCCUCUGUGUACUCUCCCAAACCUUGACAUUUAGAGCCAGUGACUGAAUUCUCAAAUGUAUCCCUUUAUCUCAAAUUUUUAAGUCAAUAAUGGAAUAAUGAUAACAUUUACAAAAUGUAGGGAACUUCAAAUUAUGGUAUUUUAAGUUGGAAAUUGAAUUUGGGCCAUAGGCGGCAUAUGUCAAAUAUUUCAAUGAAAAUAUAAUGUACACAAAGUGGUUUUAAAACCUUUUCGCCAGUUUCCACAUAAAAAGCUGAGUAGACAUGUAUUUUAACAAAUACAAUUCAUUUUAACCACAUGCAUAAUUUGUUUCCUUACAUUUUAAGAUGUAUAAAUAUUGUAUAUGGUAAAUAUAUAUUUUAUUUUGAGUAUUAUUUCAGAUCAUCUGCUCCUAAUCACUUACUUGCCAAUUCCCUCUGUAGAACUGUAGACUGUCAAAAUAUAUAUGCUGUUUAAUGUAUGUGUGUUCUGUAAAGGUCUAAAAAAAGUAUCUCUGUCAUGUAUCAAAUAAUGAUAUGUUAACUGUCUUUAAAAAAAUAAAGUACUCCAUGGAUAAACAUAA